AUGUGUAAAGGAUGGGCUCUCCUGCUGUGGUCCACGUUGGCGUCUGUGCUCGUCGCCGACCCAACAUUUACCGGCUUUCCUCCAGUGAGUUUAAGAUUCGCUUUCUCUUCUGAGCGCUCUGCUAAAGCAUUUCGGCCCUGGCAGUGUGAUGCCUUGAUCGCUGCGGGCCUGGGCGACCGGUUGAUUCGUGUAGGGACCGAGGCUUACGAACAACACCUGGAAAGUUAUUUCUGUGCCAACGGACGUCUACACCCUUACUGCUUUGUACUGCCACAUACCGCAGAGGAGGUUGCUACCACUGUCAAAGCGCUGGCCAGUAAUGGCUCCGGAUCAGGGAGUUGGCACAUCGCCGUACGAAGUGGAGGACACCAUCUUCCAGCGACCAACAACAUUGAGGAUGGGGUUACCAUUGAUCUCAGCUUGAUGAACGGGGCAAAGUACAAUGCCACAACUAACAUUGCAAGUGUCCAGCCGGGUGGUAGAUGGAAAGACGUCUACACGACUCUCCUCAACACUGGCAAUGUGACGGUGGUCGGUGGGCGUGAUGGAAACGUCGGGGUGGGCGGGUUCCUCCUCGGUGGCGGCAUGUCGUAUUAUACACCGCGUUAUGGCUUGGCCGUCAACACGGUUGCUGGGUUCCAAGUCGUGCUCGCAGAUGGGAGCAUCGUGGAAGCGACAGCCACAGAGAACGCGGACCUCUGGAAAGCCCUGCGAGGGGGCGGACUCAAUUUCGGCAUCGUCACCCGUUUCGACAUGGAAGCCAUGCCGGCAGUUGAUCUGGUGUCAGGCACCUCCAUGAUUACAGCUGACCAUUUCGACGAAGCAGCGGACGCUUUUGUUGAUUUCACAGACCAGAUGGAGCACCAUCGGGACGACACCAUGCUCAUCAUCCAUACCCAUGACUCCUCUAUAUGGGAUGGUCCGUUCAUCCUCCCUCUGCGAGUCAAUACGAAGGGUGAUCCGAGCACCACAGCCUUUGACAAAGUCACUCAAAUACCUUCCGUGGCGCAAACCUGGGAGCAAAAAUCGCUUGCUGCUGCUGCCAACGGGGUCCAGGCUGCUUAUGGAACGAAGAAUGCAUACAUGACUCUGACUUUUGUUAACGAGCCGUCGAUCGUGCGCAAGGCUUUCUCCUUACAUGACCAACUGGCCUCUAAUAUUGCAAAGAAGGUCGGGUCUGAAAACUUUAUGGCAUCCUCGGUUCUUCAGCCAUUUCCUACCUAUCUGAGCGAUCUCGGUCUUCGCAACGGCAGCGUGGGCCAAAAGGCUGGAUCCGCGAACGGUACAAUGCCACUGGACCUUACAUUCUCGUCUGGACACCAAGCUCAUCUCGGCCUCCACCACGAGAUCAUGAGCAACGUGCUCGGAAUCGAACGGAACGGAGUCAACGCCGUCGUGUGGACCGUAUUCGUCGCCAUCAAGAACGGCCAGGACGCGGCCCUGUCGGUGGCCAGAUCAGAGCUGAUGCUCAUGACUCGUGAGAUGAAGCGAUUUCAAACCUCGGACGGCAAGGCCGCGACAGUGGAUUACCUGUACGCAAACUACGCAGACAUGACCCAGGAUCCCUUGGGGAGUUACGGCCCGGAAAACGUAGCUUUCAUGAACCAAGUGGCGCGAAAGUACGAUCCCGAGGGGUUCUGGCAGAAGAGGGUACCGGGGGGGUUCAAGAUCUCGCGAGUGGCCGGAUAA